AUGGUUCAAUUGAAAAGUGGAGACAAGCCGGUCAACGCCCAAAAUAAUAACUCCAUAUUUCAUCUUACUAUCACUCCCUUACAAGAGAAAGUCUUUUGUCUCAUUGAUCACACAGGAGCUAUUAAAGAUUUAUUGAUGAUCUUUAGAGAUAAAUCCGGAAACAACAUUUUGCACUUGGCUACAAAAUUAGCACCUUCAAACAGACUCGAUAGUGUAUCUGGAGCAGCUCUUCAAAAGCAGAGAGAGCUAUUGUGGUUUAAGGAAGUGGAGAAGAUUUUAUUGCCUUUCAAUGUUCAGAUGAAAAACAUUGAUGACAAAACACCUAAGGAGUUGUUUACGAAGCAGCAUAAGAAGUUAUGGGAAGCUGGUGAGAAGUGGAUGAAGGACACGGCAACCUCUAGCAUGGUUGUGGCAACCUUAAUUGCCACUGUUGUGUUUGCUGUAGCCUUUACUAUACCAGGUGGGAAUAAGGAAGAAACAAGCGCUCCAAUUUUCUUGAGCAACGGGUGGUUCACAAUUUUUAUUACAUCUGAUGCAGUGGCAAUGUUUAGCUCAACAGUUUCCAUAAUGAAGUUCUUUACACUCUUUGCUUCAAUCGUUAUGGAUUUCCCUAAUCCACUCAACAAUCUGAGCGUCAAGGUUUAUGUUUUGACCGGAUCAUGUCCUUUGAUAUUUAGUCAUGGAUAUCAUAUAUUCUUAAUUGAACUGAUCCAUGGAGAAUGUACUUGUGCUUCUUGUAAGAGUAAUUUUAGUCUUUCCUUUGGUUUUUCCUUUGUAUCUAUACUUGUAUAUGGGUUCUCAUUAUCCCCACCUAAUAUUAAUGGCUACUCGAUAUAA